GAACUGGACUCUAGACACCCACAUGUACACGAAUCAAAACAAACCAUUACAUGAGUGAUGUCUGUCUGAGUAAACCAAACCAAACCAAACCUUUAAACUCAUCACAUGGUUAUGGCCUUAUCUUCUUCUUCUUCUCUCAUUCUCAACACCACUGAUUAUUCACCUCACAAACCACUCCAUUCACCAUCAUCCUCCUCAUCAUCAUUUUCUUCUUCUCACUUUCCAAUCAAACCUCUCAUCCACCACUCUCACAACCUUCCCAUAUCUCAAAAAUGGAGAAGAAAUGUUUCAUUCUUUACUUCUUUCUUAAAGAAACCCAAAGACGCAAGCACCAUUAAGGAAGAGCUUCUUGAAGCCAUUGCUUCGCUUGAUCGAGGAGCUGAUGCCACUCCUGAAGACCAACAAAGCGUUGAUCAGAUUGCACGCAAACUUGAAGCAGUUAAUCCAACAAAGGCGCCACUCAAAUCUAGUUUACUUGAUGGAAAAUGGGAGCUUAUUUACACUACCUCUCAGUCAAUCUUGCAAACUAAGAGACCAAAAAUUUUGAGAUCAGUUACAAAUUAUCAAGCAAUCAAUGCUGAUACUCUCCGAGCCCAAAACAUGGAAUCUCUGCCAUUCUUCAACCAGGUGACAGCAGAUUUAACACCUUUGAACACAAGGAAAGUGGCUGUGAAAUUCGAUACCUUCAAAAUUGCAGGCUUCAUACCUGUUAAGGCUCCUGACACAGCUCGCGGCGAACUUGAAAUAACAUAUUUGGAUGAAGAACUUCGGGUAUCAAGAGGGGACAAAGGAAACUUGUUCAUCUUGAAAAUGGUGGAUCCAUCUUAUCGGAUUCCUGCAUGAUGUGUCGUCACUGUAGCAUUCUAUCGCUAUAUAUCGUGUUUUUUCCCUCUCAACGGAUUCAAACUACUAUCAGAGCUUUCUGAAGUUGGAACUUAUACUAGCAAGCCAAUGCAUACCACUACUCAAGCUUAACUUGAAGCAUUUUGGAACUGUGCUUUCUGUACAGAAGUGGUUGUAAAAUCUUUACAUACUGAGAGUUUUAGUGCAAAUUGCUUCUUUCAAAUAUCAGCGGAAUUUGAUAGUUCUUCAUUAUGUAUUAUUUUUAGAGUUCUUUUGAAGUAGUUUUCAACUUAAAUAAGUAAUAUUUUAAUAAGUUUUUAUAGUUAAAAGUAAAGAAAGUAAAAGUCUUGAAACUCUUGAGUUAUUUUGUUUGUCUUAUUGUUAAUUCUUCUUAACAAGAAGUCAUUUGUGUAAUGCAUAAGCUUAUUGCCUUUGUGGUUUA